AUAAUAGGAUUGGGAGACUGUGGCUGUCGUUAUUCUUUUAUCCAUAAAUGGAAGUCCAAAUGCGGGUAGGACUUGUGUUUCUUGUCUAUAUAAAUAUAUAUCAUUUUUCGGGGAGAUUAAGGAAUUACACAAUCCAUAAACCGUUGUAUCAUUUGUUGUUUGGGACAAAGAAGAUCAAUAGCUUCUUGUACUGUACUUAUAUUAUUAUUAUUAUUAAUUUAUUCGAGUAUCUAUCUAUCAUAUAUGGAGAUGGGAGUUCCUAGUGGGUAUCGCUUCCUUCCCACAGAAGAAGAGCUGCUUGGAUACUAUUUGAACUCGAAGGUCUACUCUGAUCCAAUGAAUAACAAUCUCAACAAUGUCAUUCCUGACCACUAUGAUGUAUUCCACACCAUUCCAGAGGACUUGCCAGGUGAUCGUAGGGACAAAAGAUAUUUCUUUGUCAGAUCUUCUGAGGCUAACAAACUCAACAUAAUCAGCAACAGUGGCGGCGAAUGUGGCGGUUAUUGGGAGGCCAUUGGCACAGAAGAAGAUAUUGAAGUAGUAUAUAAAGGCAAACAAGUGCAUGCAAUGAAGAGAUUGCUGGUUUUCUAUAGAGAGACGGACUUACCAACUCCUUGGAUCAUGCACGAGUAUCACCUUGUACACUCUGAUGACAGCAUCCCCAAUUCUACCAAGAAAUAUUCCAGAGCAAAAGAUGAUUGGGUGGUUUGUGUCAUACGUGAGAAAAAAAGUGAUAAUGACAGUGAUAGUGGUAGUGAGGAAAUGUGGGUGAGUGGGCCUUGUGUUAUGGAUUUAACAUCCGAAGAAGACGACUCAGAGCUUCAUCAACCUUCCUCUUCCUCUUCCUCUUCCUCUUCUUCAUGUUCAAGUGGUGUCAAGCAGCCCUGUCCGAAGGAAUCCGAUCAGGAAGUCUGCAGUUACUAAUUUUUUUUUCAUAAUGUUUCGUUAUCUAAUAAAUCCGCAACAAAAAAUGUAUUGAGUUUGAUUAAUCACUUCUCUAUUUAAUAUUGAGUAGAAUUCACAUUUUCUUCUUGUAUUAAAGUUCUGUAUCUUUAAAAG